CAGUACACAAAAAUAUUUUUUGCUACUCCUUCUAAAUGAAAUCUAGGUAACUGCAAAUUAUCCUACCGUUUAAACCUUCCAUUGCCCUAACAACAGAUGUUUACCUGAAGAAAAAGAGGGGGUUCUAUGAGAAGAUAAAAUUGGCAGGACAUUUUGUCAUAGGAACAAGCCUUCACAGAAACGUUGAGAGUAUUGAUCAGUGUCUUCGCCUACACAAUGACGGCCCCAACCCAGGAGGAAUUAUUAGCUGCUCAUCUUGAACAACACAAGAUCGAAGAGUCAGAUGAAGCUAUCGUAGAAGAUGAUAGAGAGGAUGAUGAUGAUGAAGAUGAUGAAGAUGACGACGAUGAUAAAGAUGAGGAUGAUGCUCAAGGAGAGCAAGGUGGUGAUGGGAAUGGAAAAUCAAAGCAAAGUAGGAGUGAGAAGAAGAGUCGGAAAGCAAUGCUCAAGCUUGGAAUGAAGCCGAUCACUGGCGUUACUAGGGUUACUGUAAAGAAAAGCAGAAAUAUCUUAUUUGUCAUCUCAAAGCCUGAUGUUUUCAAAAGUCCAGCAUCAGAUACAUACAUAAUCUUUGGUGAGGCUAAGAUUGAGGAUCUGAGUUCACAGCUGCAGACACAGGCAGCUGAGCAAUUUAAGGCUCCUGAUUUAAGCCAUGUAAUGGCUAAACCAGAAUCAUCUACUGCUGCCCAGGAGGAAGAAGAAGAUGUUGAUGAAACUGGCGUUGAGCCAAAGGAUAUUGAACUAGUUAUGACUCAGGCCGGAGUCUCAAGACCUAAGGCUGUUAAAGCAUUGAAGGCUGCUGAUGGAGAUAUUGUCAGUGCAAUUAUGGACCUUACAACAUAGAAUCAUUAUUAGCGAUAUAUUUUAGAAGACUAAAAUGAGCAAGAAUUUUUCAUAAGUAUUUCAUAAGCUUAGUACCCUCUGUUGUAUUUUCUCCUGUUUGUUCAAGCAAUUUAUUCAAUCUGACUUCCUGUUUGGUUUUUGAAGCUUCAUCAUGCCCUAGAAAUACAUAUCUUUAAUAACUUUGCAAACUGAGCUUGCUGCAUCGAUAAUUUUGACAAUGUAUAAUUAAAAAUUAAUGGAGUAUUUUCCAGAAUCUCUUUUAUGUAA